AUGCAGCAAAGCACGUGUUGGCCUGUAGCGAUUCCCUCGUGCCGCCGCUUUCUGUUCAACGUGUCGCGAAACGAGGAGGGGAUAUGGUGUUUCGCGAUUCGUAUCAGCGUCGUCGGAUCGGAUCGUGUGUGUGCGCCAGUCGCCAUGGAAAUCGUUCACCUGCUUCUAGACUUUACGUUGCUGCCCGUGAGCAUCGCGUUCCUCCUCUUCAUCGCGCCUUUGGUAGCGGCAAUGCGCUUUGCGACGUGGGCUUUUGGCCUCUUCUUCCCCGAGGACGUUCGGGGCAAGGUCGUCGUCAUCACGGGCGCGUCAUCGGGCAUCGGUCAGGAGGCAGCGCGGGUAUAUGCGCAGAAGGGCGCGCGAUUGGUGUUGGCGGGGCGGCGGGAGGAGGAGUUGCGGCGCACUGCGGAAAUGUGCAAGAUGGAGGGCGCGGAGGCGCGCGUUGCUCUGGUGGACGUGACGGUGGCGGCGGAGUGCGAGAAGCUCAUCAACGAUACCAUCGCCGCUUUCGGACGCCUGGACCAUCUGGUGAACAACGCGGGCAUCGCGCACAGCUUCUUCAUGGAGGAGGCCAAGCACACGGACGUCGCGGAGGUCAUGGAUGUGAAUUUCUGGGGCGCCAUAUAUCCCACGUUCUAUGCACUGCCUCAUCUGCGGCGCUCCCAGGGCCACAUCGUCGUCACGUCGUCUGUGGCGUCCUUCAUCCCAUACCCCCGCAUGGCCAUCUACAAUGCAGCCAAAGCAGCGCUGGUGAACUUCUUUGAUACGCUGCGCGUGGAGGUGGGAGACGAGGUGGGCAUCACUGUUGCUACGCCCGGAUGGGUGGAGAGCGAAAUGACGGCUGGCAAGUUCGUGACAGCUGAAGGCAGGGUUGUGUGGGACAAGGAACAGAGAGAUGCUCAUGUGGGUCCAUUCCCAGUAGAGCCUACUGCAUGGUGUGCGUCUGCUAUCGUGAAUGGUGCACUACGCCGCCAGCGCUACGUGCGGGUGCCAUCAUGGUACACAACGUUUCUUUACUACCGUGUCUUCGCCCCGGAUGUGAUGGAGACCCGCGACGCGGCGGGGCCGCCCUUUCUUGAGGAGAGCCAGCUGAGCGUGUUGGUGGAGCUGAACAAGGCGUGGGGCGCGUGGCCCAAGAACACCAACGCCACCACUGCGUGCACCGCCUGGCCUGGCGUCCAGUGCACCCCGCGCGGAGUCGUCGUUGGCAUAACUCUGAAUGAAGCAGUCGACUCGACACCCGGUGGCGUGUUACCAGCGUCCAUCACUCGCCUCUCCGCCUUGAAACACCUCGACCUGACAUAUGGCAUUUUCCUGAAGGGACCCAUGCCAUCACUCGCCACGCUCACCCGCCUCACCUAUCUCGCCCUGGGAGAAGACAACCUUUGCAAGAUGACUGGUACUUUCGGCGACCUCUCCUGGCUCUCCGCGCUCUCCAACCUGCAAACGCUGAGGCUCACGGAUCUGGUGAACUUUCACGGAGACCUAUCGUCUCUUGCCAUUCUCUCCAACCUCCGUUCGCUCCAAGACCUGAGGCUAUGCAGUCUCCCCAACGCAACAGGGCAGAUCCCCAGGGACCUCCGAUACUUGACUGGCCUUACUGCACUCGACCUGUCAUACCUGCGUGCCACAGACUUCCCCGACUGGGUGGUGCAGCUCUCCAACCUCCAAUCCCUGAAUCUGAACACGGACGUGGACAACCGCCACGGGGUGCUGCCAGAUGGCAUCUCGCAACUCACCGCCCUCACUCAGCUAUUGAUUCAGCAAAACAACCUGGCAGGCUAUUUGCCGGGAGGGCUGUCCAACCUGGUCAACCUGCAACAGCUCUCUUUGAAUUACAACAUGCUCCAAGGCGCCAUACCUGAAGGGUACUCCACAUUGACAGCGCUCACGGCACUCGACCUGUCGUGGAAUAAACUGUCAGGGAGCAUACCGCCAAUCUUCACCACCAACAUGCAGUCCUUGAUCCUAAGCUACAACGCGUUUGAGGGCAGCAUCCCGCCAUAUCUCGCCCUGCCCACCCUCACUGAACUGGAGCUGAAGUACAACCGCUUCACAGGGGCCUUGCCCGCCACCUUCACUCGCCUCACCGGCCUUUACGUGUUGGAUGUAAUAAGUAACAAUCUCUCGGGGGGGCUGGACGUCAUCGCUCGCAUGCCCUGGCUCACUGACAUCAUGAUCGGCACCAACAACUUCUCUGGCGCCAUCCCAGAGUCCUUCACAGCGUUCACAAGCCUCGGCUCCAUAGACCUGUCCAACAACCGCUUCACCGGGUCCUUCCCCGAGCUGCUUCUCACCCACACGGGGCUUGUAGCAUUGGAUCUGUCCAACAACAGCUUCUCAGGGCUCAUCUCCCACCAGUUGAGCGUACUCACGGGCGCGGUUGACAUCAAUCUGAGUGACAACCAGUUCCAUGGGGCCGUGCCAUCAGCCCUGUACCAGCUGCCGUUGCUCGGUUCACUGCAAGUGGCCAACAACUUCCUCUUGGGCGGCCUCCCACCCUCCCUCAAGGCCUCUUCCUCCCUCACCCUGCUCGAUGUGUCAGGCAACGGCAUCACAGGCACCCUACCCGACUUCUCCCGCUGGCGUGUCAACCUUACUCACCUGGCAGCGAGCAACAACAACCUCACGGGGCCCAUCCCCGACUCCAUCUCCACGCUCACCUCGCUCGCCGCCAUCAUUCUGAACGACAACCAGCUGUCGGGGUCCAUCCCAGCUGCCAUGCUCACGCUCACCAACCUCAAGUUCCUGUACCUGGCGAACAACCUUCUCAGUGGCAGCCUGCCUGCCGACAUCAGCAGGCUACAGAACCUCGAGCAGCUGUGGCUGGACAACAACAGCAUCCAAGGCACUCUGCCGCCCUCCAUCUGCUCGCUGCCCGUUCUCUGGCGCAUCAUGAUGAGCAACAACUACCUGCACGGGCCCUUGCCGGUGUGCCUCUUUGACAAGUGCAUCAACCAGAUUGACGUGAGUGGCAACAGCCUGUACGGGCGCAUCAACCGCAACUUCCGCAACAUGGUGGCGGACGGGGACGCGCUGGUGAACCUGGCGCGCAACUACUUCAGCGGGGACGCCGUGCUCUUUGCCGACGGCUGCCAGGUCUGCCCCAUUGAGAUCAACAACCCCAACCGCCUCGAGGUCGGUGACACCAGCAACGCGCAGGCGGCGGGCAAGUGCGUGCAGAGUGUGACCACCACGCGCGACUACUCUGUGGCGGGCGCUGGCAAGAGUGCACGCGUGAGCCUCUCUGACAACUGCCUCACCAUCAACCCCGAACUGCCCUGCUCCUCAAACGCCACCCAGCGCAGCGCUGCCGCGUGCCAGGCCUUCUGCAGCAUCACGGAGAACGGCCCGUGUGACGGCCAUGGCGAGUGCGUGCCGCCUGCCCCCGGGGCCAGUGGCAACUUCUCGUGUGUGUGUGAUGCGGGGUACAGCACGCUCUCCUCGGCCAAUGGCUCCACUUGCGGCAUCCUCAACUCCACCACCACCGUUGUGUCGUCGCUGUCAACGGGUGCCAUAGUGGGCAUUGCAGUGGGGUGCUUUGCGGGCAUCACGCUGCUCACCGCCGUGCUCGCAUGGCUGCUCUGGCCGCGUGGACCAAAGAAGUGGGAGGGGUUGGACGUGUGUGAGCAGUUCACGCUGCAGCAGAUAAUGAAGGCCACCAACAACUGGUCGUCGGAGAACGUGCUGGGCGAGGGUGGCUUUGGCAUCGUGUACAAGGGGCUGUCACCGCAGGGGCAGCUCUGGGCCAUCAAGCGCUCCACCGUCAUGACCAACGAGUUCGAAACCGAGGUGCGGGCGAUGGCGAACCUGCACCACGUGAACCUGGUGCGGCUGCUGGGGUUCUGUCUCGACCAGAACGUGGAGACGGGCAAGCAGGAGCAGAUCCUCGUGUAUGAGUUCGUGGGCAACAGGGACCUGCAGUACCACAUCCACAAGACUAAGCGCCCGUUGUCGCUGCGGCAGCGGUUGCGGCUGGCGCAGGGCACGGCGGAGGGGCUGGCGUACCUGCAUGGGUUUGAGACGUCCAUCGUGCAUCGCGACAUCAAGCCCGCCAACAUCCUGGUCACGCACGACAUGCAAGCCAAGGUGGCUGACUUUGGGCUGCUCAAGCGCCUCACUCACGGUGGCGAUGCGGACGCCACGCGCGUGGCGGGCACGCCUGGCUACGUGGACCCUGACUACAACCGCACGCAGAUGGUCACCGCCAAGAGCGACGUCUUCAGCUACGGCAUCGUGCUGCUGGAGCUGCUCACUGGCAAGUCGCCCCAAGUCAACAACAAGACUCACAUUCGCAAAUGGGCGGCGAAGCUGGUGGAGGCGUACGAGUUGGAGCAGCUCAAGGACGACAGCCUGGAGUGCAGUGAGGAGGCCAUUGUGGACUUUGCGGACCUGGCGCUGGACUGCAUCAAGUCACCGGGCACACGGCGCCCCGACAUGAAGGACAUCGCGUACCGCAUCAAGACGCUCAUUGACAAGCACUGCCCCGACCGCGAGGACGAGUGGGAGUGCGUGGACGGCGACGACACCACGCGCCCCACUGACCCUUCGGGGCGGGGGGCCAAGUCGGGCGUGUCGUCGGGCAUGUCCUCGGGGCUGUCGUCGGGGCUGUCAUCGGGGCUCAGCGUGGGCGACUCUCAGAUGUCACAGGGGUCGUACAAGUCCGGCAGCUCCUUCAUGAGCCUGGGCUCCAACGUCAGUGGUGUCAGGAGCUGGCUGCAGUCCAAGCUCACCGGUGGCCGCUAG